AUGAUCCAUGACCUCCCCGACGGCGAGCAUGGAGACUCACAGGAUACUGCCUCAAUCCACCCGCCGCCUAGCUACCGAUCGUCCUUGCAUCUCUCAGUGCCACGCCCGCCAAUCUCCGGGUCCCGUCGCACUUCAAUCCAUCCCUUGCCCUCUCGUCCACCCGUCGAGCACGUCUACUCUCUCUAUGACUCGCGCAAUGCUCCUUGGGCAACACUCAAGCUCAUCUCAAACGUCGCAUCUCCUAGAUUUCUCCCUGCGUACUUUCAAGGCCAGACUUUGCAUGGCGCGCUUGAGCUCGAUCUACGCAAGCCGGAGUCUAUCCUAGGCAUCAGUAUAACAAUAUCUGGCACAAUCAUAGCUGCAAACGCGCCAGAGCCUCGUAUAUUCUGGGAGCUUUCUCGCGACCUAUGGAAUACUAGCAUGGGAGACCCGCGCACCUCGGCGCAGAGCACUGGCCAAGACUCCACCCCACAAGUGGCACUAAAGCAAUCAAAGGCAAAGGGCAAGUCCAGCUACAAGCUUGUCGGAAAGUACUCGUGGCCAUUUGCGAUCCCGUUACCCUCAGAGUGUACCGUCACCUGGGGCUCAAAGCUCCCUCCCGUCACUCUGCCCCUCCCGCCCUCUUUCUCGGAAAAAGGAGCAUCUCAGUUCAUCAACUACGAGAUCAUUGUGCGUAUCCGUCGUGGUCCUCUUCGGAUAGAUAGCAAACUGGGCACACAGCUCGGAUUUGCACCCCGCACCCGCGCUCCGGCGCCUUCAUUGCUGCGGCAGUUGGCAUACCAGGAAAACAGGCCUCUUGUAGGUCCAGAGGGUGAUCCACACGGCUGGACAGUUCUUCCGCCCAUUCUUGUUCGUGGAAAAAUAUUUGGCGCGCGCUUCGUCGAAGCGGUUUGCACUUUCGCUUUAGCCCUUCCUCUAUCUUAUUCCCGCGGCCAGCCCGUGCCCUUGAUGCUUACAGUGAGCUGCAAUGAUAGCCAGGCACUCGAUCUAGUUUUUACCCCGCAGAAUACGUCUGUACAUUUAAUCCGGGAGGUAUGUUAUGACAAUGGUAAUCCAGAUUCCCGCAAGGUAUUGGACCACGAUUGGGGGAACGGGUUGGAGAGCUCACCGGCAGAUAGGUCGUUGGGCUUUGUCGCAUCAUCAGCAAGUAAUCUCGGAUUCACUCCAAGAGCAUUUCUACCACGUGCUGCUGCUCAGCAGGCCUCCUCUUCGUCUUCCGCUUCUGCCACCAGUACUAUCGCCUCGCUGGCAAGAUCCCAGUCUAUGUACAGCCAGCCAUCCGCGUCCGCUUCAACUCCGGCUUCCAAUACGUUUCCCCAGAUGGCUUCCUCCCAUUCCCCUCCUUCUUCAUCGGGCUCCGCGUUAUCUGCCUUUUCGUUCAAGACGUCAAAGGCUGAGAAGAAAGCGAAAUCAAAGUCCCCUAAAUUGGGAUCUAAACUUGCGCUGCAUGGAGCGCGUACGCAUAUAACGAGUGCGGUUUGGUGGCCGAGGUCGGGGAUGAAGUCCGAGUCGGGAUCAUCUACAGCAACGACGCGGAGCCGACGAAUGGAAGGCGAGAUCUUGCUUCCGAAAGAUUUGGUACCGAGCUUUGAGUUUGGUGGGUUUAGUGUCAAGGUUUGUUCGACCAUUUGUUUGUUUGUUCAUUCGUUACUUCCCGCCACAUUUCUACGCGGAUACCGUUUUCUGAUUUUUAUCUGUGCUGUUUAUUGACUAACGUGACUUCUGUUUAUAUUAAACAAUAGUAUGCGCUCGCCCUCCUUCCCUUCCAAGCACCCGGGUUCGAGCUGAUGCCCACCUCUCCCUCCUCUCCCUUCCCUUCGCACUCACCUGUCGAGUCGUCACCCUACUCGUUCCCCUCACUAACUCUGACCUCGGAACCGCUACUUCUCUCUUCGAAUGUGGAGAUUGCAACGCUACCCGCAGCGCACAGCGUAGCUGCACAUGCCAUACCUAGUUCACGCGCCCCGCCAGGACUUGAUGUACAGGGUCAGCGCGCGGCACAUGCGGAGAGGGUGAGGAGACCUGUUGUGUGGGGUCUGUUUGAUACGUUUUCGAAUGGUGCUUCGAGUGCUAGGGAUUGAGGGCUCGAAAAGGAGAAUUUGUUGACUCGACUCAGCCUCUCCUGUUUUUCCCCUCUUUCUCUUUUCGCUUUCUCUGGAUGGAGAGAAAUGCUUAAAGUUGGUUUUCUUUUUUCCACCUUUCCCCUUCUAAUUGCGUGGUUUCACGACACUCCACAUGGAUUGUAUAUAUGCGUUGUUGGACCUUGGUGCACAUACACAGACGCAGACACAAGGCACAGAUUCACAUGUAUCAUUUUACAUUUUCCUACCAUCUGGACAUGUAACUCGUAUUACAUGUAUGUAUUGUUAGAGUAGAAAUCGUAGGUAAUAUUCCGUUAUGUGCAUCUGUAACAACAGCACAAUACAUAUU